AUGUCAAAGGAACAGAAAUUCGUAAACGCCACUUAUGAAAGAGUUGAGGAGUUGAUAUUGAAAAAGGAGCCAAACUUAUUGGAUAACUUUCUCGAUGAGACCCUGGCUUUUCAGACGGACAAAUCUUUAGAGAUUAAGAAGUUUGUCAUCCACUUUAUGGAAGUCUCCUGCAAAUACGAUCCCCAGCUGUUACCACGCAUCAUCAUGAACAUCACCAUUAUGAUCGCCACCGAUAACGUUGGUGUCCUCAAGAAGUUGAUUUUGUCACUGGCACAGAUAUACAGGACUGCUUUCAAGUGGGUAGCAGAAAGCAAAGGAGAUAUGGAUGUGAUGAAGAGGACGUGGAAUCAGUUGGACAAUCAACAUACGUCGGAAAAACCCAACAACAACAACAAAAACACAAAAUCCAACAACAACGACGAUGACGUCAAUUUGACCUUGGUUCCUGAAGGCCAUGCUAUUUUUAGAACAGAUAGAUUGAUUGAAGAAGGAAAGAAAGCCUUCAGCAGGCUCAUGGCUUAUCAAUCUUCUUUGCAUAUAUCCAGCAUAAACUUGAUGACUGUGAUGGGGACGAUGACGACCAUAGUUAGACUCCGCCCUCAAUUUGUUGUUGACGUUGUUCAGGGGUUUGAGUCAUUGCACGUCAAUCUCCCGCCAACGCUGACGAACUCUCAGGUGAGUAGCGUUCGGAAGCACCUGAAGAUGCAACUGCUCGCCCUGCUUCGACUGCCAGCCUGCCUCUCUCUCCAAUCCAACAUCGCCAUCUUACUGACUGACCUCGGAGCCACGCAGAAUGAGGUGAUUAAAAAUAUGGUGAGAGUCGAUGAAAGAAAGAGGAAAGUUGACAGCAGCGGUGGUGCAGCAGCUGCUGCAACAGCAACAACAACAAAACCAAACAACAACAAUAACAACAACAAUAGUAAUAAUAAGAAAAGGCCCCGUAAUGAUGAUAAUAGUAAUAAUAAUGACGACGGAGAUGGUGAUGAUGAUGAAGAGGAAGAGGAUUAUACUCCAAUCGUUGUCACUGCUCCAGUCGCUAAGUCGGAAAGAAAUGUAAAGAAACCGAAAAUUAUCCCGCUAAAUAAUAAUAACAACAACAACAAUAAUAAAAAUAAUAAUAGUAGUGCUACAUCUGCAGACAAAGCUAAUAGUAAUAGAUUGGCAAACGACGGUAAUAAUAAUAAUAAUAGUAAUAAUAAUAAUAAUAAUAAUAAUAAUAAUAAUGGUGAUAAUAACAAUGGUGGUAGUAAAGUUUUUAAAAGUAGCUCUGAAGUUGGAGAAAUCGGAAAAACCCAGUCAGCCAUUGACAUAACAGCUGAUGACCUUGUGGCCAGGUUGACCCCGCAUAACGUGGCCGACCUUGUCCUUCUCAGUAUGGUGAUGUUACCAAACGAGAUGCCAGCCCUAUUUCAAUCUACCUACACCCCCAUCGCUGUGGCAGGAACUGCCGUCCAGAUCAGACACAUGGCAAGGCUAUUGGCUGCCCAGCUCACCAAUGCUGGCCUGGGCAAGGGCGUUGAAGAAAUGAAGAGAAAAGAAGAACAAAAGCAGCUACAACAGCAGCAGCAAAGUAGCAAGGGCACCAGCAACAGCAGCUCAUCUACCAACAACAUCAUCUCGACAAUAAGUAGCGGCCACAAUGUUAAAAGCCUGACCGGUGAUGACGACUACGAAGAUGAUGACGAUGAUGGUGGCGCUGCUGCUGCUGCUGACGAUACUGGCGCCGGCGGUAAUGAUAACGAUGGCGGGAGAGUGGGGGCUAAGAAGAAUAUUGAGACCGUUCUUGGCGGAGCUACAACAAAGCCAAUCACAGAACAAUCAGCCAAUCAGAAUCAGGCUCGUCAGCAAGCCCCUAUCAUACCAUCUUCCAUUGCUACUGUGGUACAGCCAGCUCGAAAGGGUAUUGUGCAGUUUAGACUGGAAUCAGUUACGAAGCCAAUGAUGCUACCUGAGAAGGAGGCACUUAUGCAGAAGAUGGUUGCAAGACUGAUAGAACAUGCACAAUCAAAUGGGUCAGAUGAAAAUACGUGGAACAUCAUCAUCAACCUGGCCUCACGCUACGCUGGAGAACUAAGAGAUGCUCUCUUGAAGCACAUAUUCACCGACGCGCGGAACAACAGACACCUAGCAACUCAGUGGAUCUACCAACUGUACAACAACUACCAAGACAGCAACGCCAACAACAGCAAAAAUAAUAACAACAACAAUAUUAAUAAAAAUGAGAUGUUGAGGCUGUAUGAAGAGUGCGUUUUGUUGCUGUUGAAUGGAAUGCUAGAGAGGCAGGAUCAGAAAGAAAGCUUAUUCAGGCACCUGAUAUUAGACGUACCCAUGCUGACUCCACCAAUCAUACAAGCCCUCAAGGAGUACUGCAUCAGUGAGGUUAGUCCUGUUGAUAAUCCUAACAGUAAUGAUGGCUGGGCGAUGGUGUAG